GCCCAUGGCAACACCGGAUCCUUAACCCACUGAGUGAGGCCAGAGAUUGAACCUGCAACCUCAUGCUUCCUAGUGGGAUUUGUUUCCACUGUGCCAUGACAGGAACUCCCAAGACUUGCUUGCUCUAAUGAUAGAUGGAAAUACCUCUCCACUAGCUGCUCUCCCAUGGUGUCCCUCCUCCUCUGAUUCCUUCUAUUCUGUCUGGAAUUCCCAGGAGAGGCUUCUAGCAUAAGGGCUCUGACCUCUAGGACUCAUGGUGGGGGUGUGGGUGGGAUUCACUCUCAAGCCUGCCUUGUUACAGCACAACAGUGGCUUCUAUGGGCACUACAGAGGCCAAUUCAAGAGUGAAAGUGCUCGAGAAUACCGCCUUGCAGCCAAGCCCCAGCCUCCAGCAGUGUUCCUGCAGCGAUGUCAGGAACCAGCACGGCAACACUACUUCUCCAAGCAUGACAACCGCACUUCCUUCGACAAAGGCCCCUAUUGCCUGCUACAGGGAAUUGGAAGGCGGAAAGACCUGGCACGCCUGUGGCAGCAGCACACUUUCCUGCACUGGGCACCCUGUGAACUGGAGUUGAGCCAGCAGCGGCCCCUUCAAUCUUCCUACCAGGCCAAUUUCCAGUCAGUUCCAGGACUUAGUGGCCUCCCCCAGCGCCUUGUCCACUUUGUACAGAUUCAGCCUCCCCGCGCCAGCACCACCUACCAGCAGAACUUCUGUCAGCCAUCCCGGGGUGGCCACUGUGGCAGUGACAACAUGGGGCUCCAGGCCUCGGUCACCAACACACUGCCUGACCUCCCAGAGAUCCCUAGACCCAAGCUGCUGCAGCAUUACCUUCAUGCUGGGGUCUCUGAGUGUCUAAACUGGUCUAGAACAUUAAACAAGGACAGCUGACUCAGUGGUCUGUCUGUGCUUACAGGCCAAGAGCUCUCUGAGGCUGGAGAACAGUAAGGCACUGCCAGGCCCUGCACCUGGCUCCUAUAGUGCUGUGCCACAGUGCCUUGGGCUGGGAAGGGGAAGUGCUGCCUGGGGAGUUCUACCACUGAGUGAGAAGAGUACAGAAGGCUAAUGGUCCAGGAGGGUUACCUUGGCCACAGCAGAUGAGUUCCAGAAACCCAAAUCCAUUCUUGCCAUAAACCUAGUUGUGAACCACUUGCAAUCAAUGUGGCUGCAGGGAAAGCAAUCAAUGGCCCCAACUAGUGGGCAGCAAAGACUAGAGGAGGCAAAGGCUGGCAGCUUUGUUACUCUGGGAGGCUACUGCCUCUAGGGGUCUGGUCAGUGCCACAGUCCUGCCUAAGGACAGCUUCACCACAGCUGGGCAAGAGGGAAUAGUGGUCACUGGAUUCCCAUGGUCCACUCCUUCCUACAGAGGUGAGCAGAGGCUAUGUGAUGCUGUGCAACAUAGAUCUGGAGGUCAUCCUGAUCCUGUGGUAUUUUCCCAUAGUUUUCUGAGCUCUUUUCUGGUCUACCUGUGAGUGCCCUCUAACACCCAGGGCAGGGCCAAUGGGGGAUGGCGGUUACCAUAUGUCGCCAGAAGAGAAGCUGAGGCUUAG